AUGAUUGAAGAAGAUCGCGAUUAUGCCAUCAUCGGUCCUUUGCCUAGUGUACAGGUCCAGGUGGGUAACGAGGAGUUUUCGGCUUUCUUUAAUACAGGCGCUUCAUCCAACUAUAUAUCCAGUAGGUGUGUAGCUAACCUAGACCCUGCUUAUUAUACAGAGCACCAUUGGGAGAAUAAACCUCAGGUGAAAGCUUCCAACGGUACACGGAUGAAAGUGAAGAGCCAGAUCGUAUUGGAUUGUAUUGUGACAUCUCGUCGGAUUAAGUUUGCGUUGUGGGUAAUUGAAAAUUUAGCACACGAUUGUUUCCUAGGUAUCCCUUUCAAAGAAGAAUUCAAGGACGUAGUUUUGUUGGAACUUAGCCGCAAUGUCAAACUCACGACCAUGAAGGACUACUACCAGAUCUGUUCCGCUGCGGAAGCUCGCAGAGACCUGCAGAAUCCAAACACGGAAGUUCAACUAUUCUGGAUUAGCAGUGCAGAUCCGAAGGGGCUCCCUCAAUCCAACAUUGAAACUCAAAACAUUCUGAAAGAGUUUAAGGAGGUUGUUGUGGAUACCUUACCAAAUAAACCAACCCAGCAACGUGAAACGAAACAUAAGGUGGACCUGAUCCCAGGUUCCGCACCAGUAGCUCGCCGUCCAUAUCGUAUGGGCCCCGCCGAGAAGGAAGAACUCGAACGACAGCUGCAUGAUUUACUGGAAGCUGGUCGUGUCGAGGAAUCCACGUCACCGUUUGCCGCCCCUGUCCUAUUCGUAAAGAAGAAAGACGGAACUCGGAGGUUGUGUUGCAACUUCCGAGGGCUGAACGAUAUUACUAUUAAGAGCAAAUUCCCAAUUCCGAGAAUUGAUGAAUGUUUUGACAUGCUAUCUGAUGCGUCUGUUUUCAGUCAACUGGAUCUUGUUAGUGGUUACCAUUAA